UAUGAACCCUUAAGCACUCCAUUAGUUUUUUUUCAUUCGUGUAUAGCCAGUCUACCAAAUGACAUCGGGAAACUCAAGAAGCUGGAGACUCUUAUUUUAAAUGGGAACCAGUUGAAUCAGGUUCCUUCAUCGGUGGGUCAGCUGAAGUCUUUGCGGACCCUGAGCCUGUCUGGGAAUCGCUUCAAGGAGUUUCCUAGCGGACUCUGCACCCUUCGCCAGCUCGAUGUUCUGGACCUGUCCAAGAAUAAGAUCCAGGUGGUUCCUGCAGAGGUGGCCGAACUGCAAGCCAUUGAAAUCAACCUCAAUCAGAACCAGAUUUCGACUCUGUCUCCAGAGGUGUCUCGUGCUCCCAGACUGAAGGUCUUACGGCUGGAGGAGAACUGUCUGGAGAUCUCCUCUAUCCCCUUCUCCAUCCUCUCAGACUCCCAGGUGUCCCUGCUGUCCGUGGAGGGCAACCUCUUUGAAGUUAGAAUGUUGCGUGACCUAGAAGGAUAUGAUAAAUUUAGAUUCGAGGUCCAGUGUUAA